AUGCCCCGGCUGCCCGACCCCGUCACCGGCGAGGUCAAGCCGCUGCCCGCCGGCGGUGUGGCCCACCUCGCGACGGCUCUGGCCGACCUGAAGGCGAAGAACCCGGAUGCCGUCGUCAUCGCCGGCGGCGACCUCAUCGGCGCCUCGCCGCUGAUCUCCAACCUGCUGCGCGACGAGCCGACGCUGGCCGCCAUGUCCGAGCUCGGCAUCUCGGCCAGCGCCCUGGGCAACCACGAACUGGACGCCGGCCUGCCCGAACUGCUACGCAAGGCGCGCGGCGAGUGCGGCCCCGGCGACUGCGUCUGGCCCGGCUUCCGGGGCCCCGGCUUCCCCUACCUCGGCGCCAACGUGUUGGACGCCAAGACCGGCAAGCCGCUGCUGCCCACCCACGUCAUCCGGCAGGCCGGCGCGCUGAAGGUCGCCAUCGCCGGCGUCGCGACGCGGGACACUCCCACAGUCAUCGUCGCCAAGGCGAUCGAAGGUAUCCGCUUCGCCGACGAAGUCGACACGUUGAACGCGCUUGUGCCCCAGCUCAAGGCCGAAGGCGCGCAGGUGCUGGUGGCCGUCAUGCACGAAGGCGGCGUGCAGGGCCUGGGCGCCAGUGCCAACGAUGCGACAUACGCCUGCCCCACGCUGACCGGCCGCGUGCACGACAUCGCCAAGCGGCUGGACCCGGCCUACGCCAUCAUCGUCGGCGGCCACACCCACCAGGCCUACACCUGCAAGAUCGACGGCCGCCUCGUCGUGCAGGCCGGCAGCUACGGCGGCUGGAUCACCGAAAGCCGCCUCAAGCUCGACGCCAGCGGUCGCGUGCUCGACGCCCAGGCUGUCAACCACCCGGUGCUGCAGUCGGUCUACGCGCCCAACCCCAAGCUGGCCGAACUGGUCGCGCGCGCCGCGGCGCUGACC